ACGUGAGGACAGCUCAGCCCAUCCGCCGUCCGGUGGCGCUGGUGUCGGUCGACAGUGCCGUCCAAAAUCACUCAUUAGCUGCACUCGGAUCGGGCGGACAGACGCAGACCAGAGCGCCCGCUGGACAGGCUCCCCGGGUCGACUCGCUAGCGACAGACGACCGGGUACAGCGAGCGACUCUGGCUCUCGCCGACUGACGACUCUGACUCGCCGACUCGACUCCGCUGGUAUGGAGGUGCGCUGGGCGCGACUGGUCGUGGCUGCGGCGGUGGCAGCGGUGGCCCGGCCCUCUCCGGCUCCGCUGGGUACCGGGGUUGACUGCGAGCUACCUGCCAGAGUCCGAGACAACAUCCUCCGGUACCGGCCGCAGGUGGACCGCAUCAUUGAGGCGGCGCUCGGCGACCGGCACCGUCACGCCGCCUACAAUGGCCUGGAGGACUUUGUGGAGCGGUUCGGAGCCAGGCCGUCCGGCUCUGACGAACUGGAGGCCGCCAUCGACUUCAUGAAGAAAAAGGCCGAGGGCGAUGGAUUCAAGGUGCACACGGAGGAAGUGAUGGUGCCACGCUGGGUCCGCGGGGAGGAGACGCUCAUGAUGCUCAGUCCCCGGCAGAAGAGCAUGUCGAUCCUGGGUCUGGGCACCACCAUCGGCACCCAGCAGUACCCGGGCGGCGUGCUCAGAGCCGAGGCCGUCGUCUGUGACAGCUUUGAGGAGAUGGAGAAACUCGGCGAGGCGAAGAUUGCCGGCAAGAUCGUCGUGUUCAACGACGACUUCGGGGACGCGUCUGACGCGCCGCUGACGCGGUACCGGUCCUCCAACGCGUACCGGACGCGGAGCGCGGCACGCGCGGCCUGCUUGGGCGCCGUGGCCGUACUGGUCCGCUCCCGCACAGACUACAGCCUGUACACGCCGCACGCCGGGAUCCAGUACUACGGCAACAGCACGCAGAUCCCCGCGGCGGCUAUCACCGUUGAGGACGCGCACAGCAUCGCCAGACACUAUGCCAGAGGAAGGACCGUGGAACUGCUUCUGAAGAUGUCUGCAACCACCCUGCCGAUGCGCAAAUCUCGCAACCUCAUCAUCGACUACGGUCGUCCAGAGUCAACCGAGCUGGUCAUCCUGAGCGCGCACAUCGACAGCUGGGACGUCGGCGAGGGUGCCCUGGACAACGGUGACGGCGUCUUCAUCAACUACCAGGCCGUGAAAUUGCUGAAGGAGCUCGGUCUGAUGCCUCACCGCACGAUCCGGUUGGCCUACUGGACUGGCGAGGAGCACGGCCACAUCGGCGGCAAGCAGUACGUCCGACAGCAUGAGGGCGACAUGGACCGGCUGCAGAUGGUGAUCGAGAACGACUUCGGUCCGUUCCGGCCGAUGGGCCUGCGGGUGAACGGCUCAGAGGGCGCCGCCUGCUUCGUCCGCCACCUGACGUCCAUGCUGGGGGCGGCCAACGCCACCAGCACCGGAGGCAGCCCUGCACUUUCGGAGGCUCGGCACUUCAGUCAGCGCGGUGUGCCGGCCGCUGCGCUGGACGUGGACCAGAGCCGCUACUACUGGUACCACCACACCGAGGCCGACACCAUGGACGCGCUCGACCCGCACGAGCUGGACCUCUGCGUGGCCACCAUGGCCGCAUCGGUGUAUGUUGUUGCUGAUGUGGCAGACCGUGUGCCCAGAUAGGUGGGGGUGGAAAAGACUACCAAGAUGAGGAAUAGUGAGUGAUGCGGGGAUGUGUUCACUUAUCGGCUGUGGGACGUGCGGGCUGGUACCUUGCAGCAUGAACAAUAGAUGCAAUGACAAAUAUGAACCAUUUCGUAUCUUCAUUCGUAGCGGUAUAGCCCACGGUCAUGAGUCCAAUAGCAUUCAAUUUCUGUGUAGCAUGAUCAAGACAGGCGGAUUACAAACUUUCCAAUGUUUCAUCUUCAAUUCCUCAUCGUUGGCUGAAGCUAAUCGUUACAGGCGAUUUACAGACACGCGAAACGUGUCUAUUUGCCCAAUCGAUCGGUAAAGUUUGCAUGCAGUGAUCGUCCUAGAUGUGACGGAAAGUCGUGAAAAUACAUAACUGAAUAACGAAGGGUCGUAUUUGCUUGGCCAGCAACGAACUGGCCGAGUGGUCCAUCAAUACACGAACGUUUCGCAA